AUGAACGCCUUAACCGACAGGGUCAAGUCAGUUCUUAAGGACCGAGGUCUUCCCGCCAAGGAUGUGAUUGAGUCGACAUUAGACGAUCCUCGGAAUGCGGCAUGGGCGUCGAAAUACCUCCACCCCGACACUUUGCUAUCCAAGGAGGAGCUCGAUCUAUACUCCAAAAUCAACCACUCCGGCAUCCUACAACCUAUUCUCCGCAACCCUGACCUUGGCGCGACACGACCUAUCCUUGAAGACGAUCUCCGCAAUGCGAUCGAGUCCCUCGAAGCCUCGACGGCGACAAUUCAAAAACAGACCGAGAGAUUGAAGUUCCAAUGCGCAAGUCUAAAUAAACACCUCAGCCUGGAAAACAACGUGGAACAGCAGCAGGGUCGGGAUGUUGCUCGCCUGCGAAAGAAACAUGAAGCGGACAGGCAAAGCACCACAAUGGCGGCAAUCGAACUCGCCGAGGAGCUGGAGGCCGACUUUAGAAAUGCGACAGACAAUUCGGGCGCGGAGGGCAAGAGGAUCCUCGCCUCUCUGUCGGCUCGGUUGAAGCAGGACGACAAGGCCCUCGCGGGUCUGGAAACGCUCAUGGCCAGUAUCAAAUAUCGCGGCAACGAUGCAUCCACGGUGAAGCGCACCAGCCAUCUUAGUGCGAUGCUUUCGGACUACGCGGCGGAGGAGAUACACUGCCGUCUUGAUCGGCUAUAUUUGGAAACAAUCCAGACAGGCGGCUCAAGAUCCGACGCUAUAGACGAGGCCACAAGUAUGGCACUCGAGGAAGAACUCGAAUCUCUGUAUCCAGAGAUUGAGAUUUUAGCGGAGAUGUCAAUCCGACAGCAGUUCCUCGAGCCCAUCCUUCGUGAACUCCAGAACGAGCAUAGCCAGCUUCGAGUGGCAUCACAAGAAAAACUAGAACAGGCGCUCGACAUAUUGAUCGAAAUGACAUUGUCGAAGCAAGAUCUUGUAAAGCAACUCGAGGUCCGGGAGUCAUCUUCUGAACUGUUGGAGCAAUUAGCCGCGUUAUAUCAAGUUGAAGCCGGCACUGAACUUGUCACACAGCCCACAUCUCGUCGAGAAUCCCUGCGUCGACGGUCGCUACAGCCCGAUCUCCUUGCUGCCACCCGGACGCCCACUGCGCCUCUGGCCCAACCAGCACUCGAACGGCUUUUACGGCGUGUUGGUAUUCCACCAGAAUCCAUUUUGCACCCGCGCGAUAAUGAAGGGGUCAAUGAUCUUUAUGAAAAGAGAUAUCACACAUCCGAAACACUGCGCCACCUCAAUAGAUCGGUAGACGCUCCCCUGGUGACUUAUUUAGCACCGUUGGACCACGCAUCCCAACUUCUUGAUUCUUCAUUGCACGCCAACUCUCAUUAUGAAACUUCAUUGCGCGACCCUUCAGAGGCAAAAGCGCUCUCAGGCCUCGAGAAUGAACUGUUGGGGCUCCAGAAUGGGGUCCAAAAGCUCAACUUGGAUGUUCUCCAUCGCCGCGAUAGCCAUCGGGAUAAAUUCAUUCAGCGGUGGAGAUGA